AUGGAGAACUACCAAAAGUUGGAAAAGAUUGGUGAAGGCACCUACGGUGUCGUCUACAAGGCCCGAGACCUCGCCAACAACGGUCGCAUCGUCGCCCUCAAGAAGAUCCGCCUCGAGGCUGAGGAUGAAGGAGUCCCCAGCACCGCCAUCCGCGAGAUCUCCCUGCUCAAGGAGAUGCGAGAUCCCAACAUUGUUCGUCUCUUUAACAUCGUGCACGCCGAUGGCCACAAGCUAUAUCUCGUCUUCGAGUUCCUCGACCUCGACCUCAAGAAGUACAUGGAGGCUCUUCCUGUGAGCGAUGGUGGUCGAGGCAAGGCCCUGCCCGAGGGCUCUUCGCCGCAUCUGAUGCAGCUCGGCCUUGGCGAUCAAGUCGUCCGCAAGUUCAUGCUCCAGCUUUGCGAUGGCGUCAAGUACUGCCACUCCCACCGCAUCCUGCACCGCGAUCUCAAGCCCCAGAACCUCCUCAUCGACAAGGAGGGCAACCUCAAGCUCGCCGAUUUCGGUCUUGCCCGCGCCUUUGGUGUUCCGCUGCGCACAUACACCCACGAGGUCGUCACCCUGUGGUACCGAGCCCCCGAGAUUCUCCUGGGUGGACGUCAGUACUCGACUGGCGUCGACAUGUGGUCCGUCGGUUGCAUCUUUGCCGAGAUGUGCACACGAAAGCCCCUCUUCCCUGGUGACUCGGAGAUUGACGAGAUCUUCAAGAUCUUCCGGACGCUUGGAACACCCUCGGAGGAAGUCUGGCCCGGUGUCACAUCGUACCCCGACUUCAAGUCAUCUUUCCCCAAGUGGCAGCGUGACUACAACAAUGUCCUCUGCCACAGCCUUGACCACGCCGGCCUCGAGCUUCUCGAGAUGAUGCUCGUCUACGACCCUGCCGGACGCAUCUCGGCCAAGGCAGCUUGCAACCACCCUUACUUUGAGGAGUACAUAGAGCAAGAGCAGCAUGCGUCCAAUCAGUCGAAUGGGUACUAUCACUAG